AUGAAGUUCGGACAAGAAUUCAAAGAGGUUCUAUUGCGGGAAGGAUACCCUCCCAAAUGGGUCGACUCAGCAAUACCUUAUGGGCAACUGAAAAAGUGCCUCAAAAAAGUCAGACGGGAGCUGCACGAGCUGGGGCUCGAUCCAGAAAUCCUGCGCCAGCUCUUGGCAGCCCAUGCUACUUCCAACGGUGACCCGGUGCCACUGGCCAGCUAUGAGCUUAAUGGCUCGACCGUCUUGAGGCCUCGCCUGACCGUCUUUGUCCAUCUAGAGGAUGGUGAGGCCGUCGAUGCCACCCUGACUCCGGCAUCAAGGGAGUUUCUGGAGAAGCUCUCGUCGGGAAGAGUACCCACCUCGCCCGACCUAGAGUCGCCUGGGUCUAGCGUCGCCAGCCCACGGGGGUCGAGUCCAACCCGAUCAAACUCGAUAGAUUCAUCAGAGUCGUCGGAGAGUGAUCAGACCUCUGCCUCGAGCACCGACAAGGCCCCAUUCAUACAGCGCGUCGAGAUACCCCUGACUUUUGACGGCGAGUUCUUCGACCUCCUCCAAGCUGAUGUGUCCAACCUCGACGCUCUUCAGGAUGAGGAAGAGGCGGCCAUGUCAAAAGAAAUCGUCCACCUCGGCGAGGACAUGACGCACCUGACCAAGCCGCACAAGUUCCACAAGUCGGACCUCUCUCGGUGGCGCGAAGUCUUUGAGCUCUACCUCGAUGCGCAGGUCUUCUUUUCGACGCAUGAGCGCGACCACGGGCCCAGGACCAGCGCAAAGGCACUCGAGCAGCUCGUGUGGUUCCAAGCCAGGGUUCAAGAUCGUGGCCUCGUCCAGCAGUUCAAGCUGCCGGCCAGUCGGGAGGCUUAUGUCAGGUUCUUGGAUCUCAACUCGAGGUUUUUGCAGAAUCUCAAGUUCCAAGAGAUCAACAAAACAGCCGUAACAAAGAUCCUAAAAAAAUUCGACAAGCAGACCUCCCUCGGCGCGUCGCAGACCUUCCCCCGCGCCGUGCAGUCGAAGCGGUUCCUAUCCGAGAACGUGGCCAAGGACCUCUGCGCACAGGUGUCGAGCCAGGUGGUGUCGACGGUCCCGCGCGUUGAGGACUACUCAUGCCCGAUUUGCAUGAGCAUCGCCUGGCUGCCCGUGCGCCUGGCAUGCCGCCACGUUUUUUGCGUCCGCUGCGUCGUCAAGAUGCAGCGCGACGGCAAGCGUCAGUGUCCCAUGUGCCGCCAAAACGUCGUCAUGCAGGCCGACCUUCGCAACCUAGACCACGACCUCGCCCGCUUCAUGGGCCUCUACUUCAAAAAGGAGACCAAGGAGAAGCAGGCUGCCAACGAUCUGGAGCGCGGCAUUGAGAUGUUUGGCGACGACUACAAGCCGUCUAGCUGUGUCGUCAUUAGCACAAGAUUCGCCUUUCCCAGCAGCGGCUACGGCUUGCUCGGCGGCCUGGAGCGCGCUCUUGAACGUGUCGACGAGCUCCUCGGUCUCGCCCAGGCCGAUGCUGAUCCUCAGCAGGUUCGGGUCGACGCCGAGGCUGGCAGCCCAGUCCAGCUCGUUGUAGUGGGCGAGGAGGACGUAGGGCGAGACGAGGGUGAAGUUUGUGCCGAGGCUGGGGCCCUUUGCCGUCUUGAUGGCGUCGUAGAAGGCGACGGCGGCCUCCUUGUCGCGGAAGACGACCGAGAGCAGGCCGCCGUAGCCGCCCGACGGCAGGCGGCAGCGCUCGUAGUUGGCCCGGUCUGGGUUGACGCGCGGGUAGUGCACGCGGCGGACGAGCGGAUGGCCGAGGAGCAGGUCGCAGACGGCCUCGGCGUUGACGUUGAUGCGCACGACGCGCGACGCAAAGUCGCGGCUGUUGCGCUCCAUGAAGAGCACGUCCUCGGCCCAGUACGUGUCCUCGUAGCCGCCCGCCGCCGCCGCCGCCUUGAGGGCACCGUAGUACCGCCCGUUCGGGUUCAGGAUGCUGCUGCCGCCCAUGACGUUGCAGUCGCCCGAGAAGAUCUUGGUCAGGCUGCUGACCACGAUGUCGGCGUACUGCAGCACGUUGAUGUUGGAAAAAGUCCCGAUGGUCUCGUCGACGACGACGGCGAAGUCGUGCUUGUCGGCCAUUUCACGAAUCCGGGCCAGGUUGGGGCACGUGAGCAGCGGGUUGCCCGGGAACUCGCAAAAGAGGGCCAGGUACCGCUCACCGGCCUCGAGGCGGCGUUCCAGGUCGUCCAGGUCGGCCUCGGAGGCGUGGCCGUAGAAGACGCAGCCGGGGCCGAACUUUUGGAGGAUCUUGAGCGUAUCAACAUAGGGAAAGCCAAAGUUGAUGCUCUUGAGAUGACGGUCGCGCGCCGACAUGAGGAGCCGGUGGGCGUGGAAGAUGGCGUUCAUGCCGCAGGGGUAGAUGAGAACGUCGUCCUCCUCGAGGUUGUUGACGCCGCGAGAGUUGGACUCCAUGGCCGGGAACGCGUGGCUACUCGAGAUGUCAUGGUCCGCCGACAGGGCGCCAGCAAUGCGCCUCUUGAUGGCCGAUCGCGCGCGGGGGAGGAGGGAGAUGUCGAGGUUCCGGCCGAAACGCUCCUCGAGGAACCGCUCAACUUGGCUGCCUUGGGAGGCGUGGAGGCGCCAUUGGUCCCGCUGGAUGCAGGCGUGUCGUUGGCUGGGGUCUCCCGGCGGUACCGUCUCGGCCCCUUGGCAGACUUGAAGACUGGCGGCUGGGGAGAAAGGGGCGACGACCCUUCUGGGACCAGCAGUUUGGCCGAGAAUAGGUUCUGGCAGAACUCGGCCCUCCUGCUCGAGACUCCGUCGCCAGAGUGCUGCCAGUACUCCUUGGCGACCGGGAAUGCCUCAGGGGACAGCAGCACGGCCGAGACGGCGGGCGAGAUGGGCCUGAGCUGGUCGGCAACAGCCUUGGGGGCGUCAGGGGCCAGGGUCAGGUGUACGGCGUCGAGCCCAGCCAGUGUCGCCUGUGGGGAGGCACGUUCCUUGACGUAA